AUGCAGCCUUGCAAGCACCUGACCCGCUCUCCUGACAAUCCGUUUGUUCUCGGAGCUGGUUCUCGGGAAGCUCAUUCCAUCAUGCGUUUAUCCUCGUUACUAGUGGUCGCCGCGACGGCCAGCGCUUCCACAUUGACUCCUCCUGUACUUCCUCUAAUUGUUCGCAACCCGUACCUGAGUACCUGGCUCGGCAAUGCUCGCGAUGCGCCGUGGGAACAUUGGCCCUACUUCUGGACCGGCUCUAGCGUCGGGUUCUCGGUAAUGGCCUCGGUGCCCGACUCCAAUACCAUUUACCCAUUGCUGGGACGGCCCCAGGAUUCAUUGCCCCCAUCUUCCAAAUACUACAACGUAGCUGUCCCGUCCUACCUAGGCGCAACCUUUGACGCCUCGACGACGAACUUGACCUACUCGAUCCCCCCUCCACCCGGAUCUGCCGCGCCGGUCAAGGUUGUGCUCUCCUUUCUCUCGCCCAUUACGCCCACCUCGACCUUCCGACAAUCGAUCCCUGCUGCGUAUCUGACUGUCCACGCCGAAGGGUCUUUCGACAUCAACAUCUACACCGAUGUCAAUGGCGAGUGGGUCAGCGGCAACAGGGACAACAGCAUAGUCUGGGAACUGAGCAAGGCAAAGGCCUCGAACAAGCAGAGCGCUGCUGCUCUAAAGACCUGGCAAGUUGGUAGACAGUAUCCGCAACUGCUCACCGAGUUCGCCGACCACGCGGAAUGGGGUACUCUGCACUUUACCGGCCCCGCCGACGUCUACCACCAAGCCGGCACGUCCGCGAAGCUUCGCCAACAGUUUGCGACGAAGGGCUCUCUGACGAACGAGAUCGAUACCUCGUACAGGAAGAUCAUGGACGAGGAACCCGUCUUUGCUUUCUCCAAGACCUUUCACCUGAGUGGCAAGACGGGCAGCGAGUCGACGUCUGAUGAUAGUGUACUAUUCACGUUUGCUCUUGUCCAAGACCCCGUGGUCCAGUUCGCCGCUGCAAGAGGACUGACGCAGAUGCGCCCGUUGUGGUCCUUUUACUUUGCCACCCCGGCCGAGCUGAUCCAGUACCACUACGAUGAUUUUUCGGCGGCUAGCCUACUGGCUGGGAACUACUCGAAUCAGCUUGCCAUUGAUGCGUUUGCUUCUGGGUCAUCAGAUUACCAGGACAUUGCCGCCCUGUCAGCUCGCCAGGUCCUCGGCGCAACACAAUUUUCUGGAACCCCCGAUGACCCGAUCCUCUUCCUCAAGGAGAUCUCUUCCAACGGAAACUUCCAGACCGUCGAUGUGAUCUUCCCUGCGUUCCCGUUCUUCCUGUACACGAACCCUCGUUGGCUGGCAUACCUGUUGGAGCCUCUGCUUGAACAUCAGCUUAGCGGACAGUAUCCGAAUGAUUACAGCAUGCAUGACCUGGGUGCUCAUUUCCCGAAUGCGACUGGACACCCUGACGGGAAUGAUGAGUACAUGCCUGUUGAGGAGUGCGGAAACAUGCUCAUCAUGGCACUGGCACUUGUCAACGCCUUCAAGUACGACACGCAGCCAGCGUUCCUGCAAACUAUCAACGAACAUGCACACUCGCAUGUCUCUCUCGAGGCAGAGACCAGCAGUGCUCGCCCAUGGGGACUUUCCAUGGACUCCUUUGGCAUCGACCGUCGCUCGGAGGUCGCUGCUAUGAGGGGCACAAAGGAGGCCGAGAAAUGGGCGUCCAGAUCCUACGAGUUGUGGACGAAGUGGACGGGUUAUCUCGUUCGCGAAUCACUGAUCCCGGCCAACCAACUCUGCACGGACGACUUUGCUGGAUGGCUAUCGAACCAGACGAACCUGGCCCUCAAGGGUAUCAUUGGAAUCAAGGCGAUGGCCGAGAUCUCCAAUAUUCUUGGCAAGACGGACGAUUCAAAGUACUACGCGGACAUUGCAGCCGACUAUAUUGACCAGUGGCAAGGCUUUGGCAUCUCCAGAGACGGCACCCAUGCCAAGCUGGCGUACACCUGGUACGGUUCUUGGACGACCAUCUAUAAUCUCUUUGCGGACUCGCUGCUCUGCUUCCACUUGCCCGAGGAGAAGAAGUCGACCCUCGGAGGACGAGUGACGCAGUGGAUCCAAAAGGCCAUUGGCGUCGAGAAGCAGGCGACGUUUGUUCCGGAUAAGGUGUACAGUAUGCAGAGCAACUGGUACCAUGCCGUAUUGCAGCACUACGGGCUCCCGCUCGACAGUCGCCACCUCUACACGAAGAGUGACUGGCAGUUCUUCGCCGCUGCGGUGUCGAGCAAGAAGACCCGGAUGGAGAUUCUCCAGAGCGUCGCGACAUGGGUCAAUGAGACCACAACAGACCGACCCUUCACCGAUCUCUACGAAACAGAAGGAACUGGUGGCUGGCCCGGCCCUCACUUCAUGGCUAGACCGGUCGUUGGAGGCCAUUUCGCCUUUCUGGCACUGGAGAGAGCUUGCGGGGGCAAGGCUGUCGAGGGACUGAGCUUCUUGGACGAGCCUGCAUCGUUUGCGGAGGUGAAUGUCGGAAAGGCGCUGGAGGCUGAGAUGGUGAGCGGAGGUGUUCUGGGCGCAGAGCAGCAGGUAGUCAUGGAGGAUCUGUAA